AUGAAAAUAUCAGAGUAGACUGAGAGGACUACAAUAUGGCAGAGAUUACGCAAUGAUUAAUUAAAAAUAGACUACCUAAUCUUCUAUGAUAAUUAAAAUAAUCGAAUUUAGGGACAGUACCUACUUGUAAUUCUGAGAUUAAUAGAAUCUGAUGCAAUUGCAAAGGAACAAAUACAUUCGAAAAAUAGAUUAGAAUAAUUAGAAGAUAAGAGCUAAAAGUUAAUAGGUAAAGUAUUGACGUUUACCAAACCUUGCACAUGA